ACGGCACGGUCUCCUUCAUCCACGCACUCCCCACUUGUCAGGCGAGCUGACUUCCAGGCACACACUCUUUCCUCCUGGGAUAUGAACACCUUCGUCCUCACCUGCCUCCUCUGCUUCGUACUUUUCAGUGAUCUGGCCCCUCAGGGAUCUGAGGCGUCGUCCUCCGGCGAGUUCGGCAUCGUGACCGUGGUGGGCUCGGCCUCAGGGGAAGGCCUCCGGGUUGUGCAGGGUCAUGUGGACGACGACGUGGACUUUGAGGAACUCGCAAGUGACUUCCUGAGAGAUGACGGGAAGAAAAAGAAAGGCAAAGGCAAGAAGAAGAGCAAACAGAAGAGUGCAAGUACCACUGCGUUCAACCCAGAGCACUCGCACUCCAGUCAAGGGCGCACCUCCGGCAUGGAGACCACCCAGAACCCCUGCAACUCCACCCACCUGGACUACUGCAUCCACGGCAGCUGCCAGCGCAUGGAAGGCGUGCAGGACCCCGUGUGCAUCUGCAUGAAGGGUUACGACGGCGAGCGCUGCGGGAUCCAAACUUUGGGGACCACCGGGACCGAGUCGGAGCACAGCAGCGAUACCGAGCGGGUCCAGAUGGGCUUGGUCAUCACCGCCGUGGUUCUGUCCUUAAUCAGCUGCACCGCCGUCAUGCUCAUGGCCUGCGCACACUACAAGUCCCAAAAACACUUUCUGGCAUCCCACCUGGGGAGCUGGUCGGAGCAGGAGAAACUGCAGAAACCUGCCCGCGAUGUCGUGGUGUGAGACCGAGCCCACCGGCCGGGGCCCGGGAGGAGAAAGUGUCACCUCCUCCAGAUGACCAGAAGCAGAAGAUCGGAUAAGUGCUUCACUAGAUGCAAUGUAAACUGUCCAAAAUUUCUCAGCUUUUAAUUUAUUUGAUGUGAUUAUUUAUCUGGAUGAGUGUUUGGAUUUUGAAUUAUUAUUAUUAUUAUUUUUAUUAUUAUUACUACGACGCAGGUGUCUGUAUUUGAGGAUGUUGAGCAUUCAGUCAACAGGCAGUGUUGCUUUUAUUUA